UCACCUAUCUGCUCCGCCCCCAUCAAAGUGCAUUAAACAAAAAAUGGCAGCUUCAACCCUGGCAAGCGGAUUCCCGAAGCUCUGCUACUCCACCCCAAGUCACUGCCGAUUACAUCCCGCUACUAAGCUUCAAGACACAGCAAAGUUUCUCGUCGACGCCAAAUUCUGCUCUUCAACCACCUCCUGUCAACGCUCAUUUCGCAUUCGAGCUGUUGACUCCCAAGCAGAGGAAGAAAAUCCAAGCUUGGAUGAACCCAAUGCUGGUUUCAUACCUCAGGAAGAUUUGAAUUAUCUUUGGAAAUUAGGAGCUGGUUCUGUUGUAGGUGCAGCUAUAAUAAAGUACGGAAGCAUCCUUUUUCCGGAGAUUACCAGACCAAACAUCUUACAGGCUUUGGUCAUGAUAUCAACACCAGUUAUUAUUGCUGUUUUAUUGUUGAUAAAGCAAAGUCGUGUUGAGCAAUGAAGGGCGAGAGCUGCCAAUAGUACUUUAUGUAAUCUGUUGGUUCUAGAGAAUUUCUAUUAACAUUUAUGCAGUUGCAAAUGAAUUGCUCAAGUUUGUGAUUGAAGUUGAGCUGAACAUAGAGUGAUAAUUGAAGAACCCAAGUGCGCUUUCAAAAUAUUCAAACAUUAAUAUAGGUAUCAGCCACAUCUUAAAGAUUUUCA